CCCUCGGCGCCAGAUUCCUUCUAGCUACCUCUAUGGGCCUGGGCACUAUAAAUGCUGUCUCAUGUUAUUUUAUGGUCAUUAUUGUUGUCUUGGGGAAAAUACGUGGACCUACUUAGGGGCCGCUUUGGCCUCCCAAGAUUGGGGUCUAUAUAUGUAACUGCGGCCAUAACGGUGGGGUGGGUACUAAGUAACCUCUCCUGAGUGUGUUUAAUAAUAACGAUGAGUGAUAUGGAAGACAUCUCAACAAAACGUAUUACCAUUUGAAGUAAAAGAGGAAGAUUAAAUUUAGCGUCUAAAAAUGCAGUCUUUAUCAAGCAUAUGUAAGAAGCUUGGAAGAUCAAGCAGGUUAUUUGUAGAACUAACUCCUUCUAUAAGUUUCUCUACUUCAUGUUACUUUUGUAGUCAGAAGAAAAAAAAUAACUCAUAUCAAGAAGUUGACCAAAACAGAUAUUCUAAUUUAACACAUUCUAUUGUGUCAACCAGAGUUUGUUCUCAGACACCAGAAUCAUUAUUGCAAGAAGAUGAGUUAUUAUAUGGACCUGUGAGUAAAUGCAAGACCCAAGAGCAAGGAUCAGGACCAAAAGUUGCCCAAAAUACAAUCCUUCUCCUCAAUCCAGAAAAAAGAAAUGGAUCAAACACUUUAACUAACUCGAUUCCUUUGAAAAUACCUCUGCAAAAGAAUAAAAUGCCUAGUGUUACUCGAAUUCUUCAGCAGACCAUGACAGAAAGACAAAUCUUAAUCCUAGAGAGGUGGAAACAGCGAAUGAUACUGGAGCUGGGAGAAGAUGGCUUUGAAAAAUAUACUUCAGACAUCUUUUUGCAAGGGAAACAUUUCCAUGAAGUAUUAGAAGCUAUGCUUUCAUCACCAGAACAGUUAAAAGAAUUAAAUGAAAAAACUAUUAACUCUGGCUAUGUAACAAGUGUCCAGCAUGUUCUAAAAGACAUCAGUGGAGUAAGAGCUCUAGAAAGUGCAGUUCAUCAUGAGACUCUUAAGUACCUGGGCCUAAUGGACUGUGUAGCUGAAUAUCGAAAAAUCCAGCAGUUAAGAGUCACUCACCACAUAUCAGUCCAGUCAGCAGAUUCUUCUGCCCCUCUUCAUCAGCCUCAACUUGAAAGUAUGAAGAAUUCCUCCAGUCUCCACUUCCAAAAAAUGAAGAACUGAAUCUCACAGGAAGUAACAGCUCCUUUUCAGGACACUUCUUUUGCAUCACUUCCUCUGUCUUGCUCUAAUUUUACGUCUACCAAUCACAGUUGAUGCUUUGUUUUAGGACUGCCCAGAAGGCAGUCAGUGGAUUCUGAUUCGUCAUCCACUAUCACACAUGUGGGUUACAGACCUUCCCCCACUCAGUGUGUGAAAUGGGGUAUUUGCACCUUUGGUGAUUAAAUCUAAAAAUGGGUAGAUCUCCAUACUUAACUUUUAAGUACCGUGUUCUAAAAAUAGACAGGGGAUACAAUUUAAUCUUCACAAUCAGGGAAGAGUUAAAUAUUUUCAUUGUUAUGAUCAGAGGAGUAUUAAAUUUAAUCUUCACAAUACAAAUGGUUGGUUUUGCUGGGUGCUAAGAAUACAAAAGAACUUGGUUUUCAUUGAAAGGAAAGAAAAGACAGUAAAAAUUAGUUUCUCAUGUCUUUCUUUCCUGUUUUUCUAAGAACAGUACUAUGAUUUCUUGGCCAUAAAAGUCAAGUCUAUUUCUGGUUCUUUAUUUUGUGACCUGGGCAAAAACCUUGCUACCUACAAAAAUUUCCUUGGCUGAAUUUUUCACCAAGCCCAAAUUCCAGAAAGGUCCUCAAAGAUCCAUUUCUAUAACCUAAUAAAACUGCAGUCACUAUGCUUUCUUUUUUCAGUCAAAGGUAUUGACAGGAGACAAAAUAGUACAUGCUGGGGUGUAACUUGAUGGUAAUGAAUCUUAAAGAGCAGACAGUAUGUCAAGUUGGGUUAAUUCAGCAACUUCAGAGACUAAGAGAGACAAGAUAUUCACUCUUAUUGUCUCUAGAUUGCCAGUUUCAACCACUUAAUAACACUAUGCUUCAGUUGCUUCAUCUGAUUUAUAUAUACUAUAUAAAUAUAGUAAACUAAUAAUUAUAUAUAUUUAGUUAUUUCAGUGAAAUAUUAGGAGGAUUAGUUAACAAGUCAUCAAGAAAACUCCCAAAAUCUUAUAAAGUUUUACUAUAUCCAUACACUAUAGGUGUACUUUAAAAUUCUUUUGCACUAUCAUCAUUGUGAAUGUGGAUAUAGAGGAAAUUUUAUGUAGUAAGUAUAUUUCAAUGUCAUGGCAAGGUUAUUUUCUGAAAAGUGCUUUGUAAGGCUCUACCAUCCAAAUCCCAAUACAGUAAAUGUCAGUAUUGACAACAAAAAUCACCUUAUUAUAAGAGUCAAUCUUUUAAAGGUGGCAUGUUCUGUUUUUAUCUAUCCUCCACACUAUGCCCUACCUUGAGAAACCAUUGAAGUAUAAUGUGGGAAUUUUUGAGAAGCACAGCCCCCCCCCCCCCUCAGAGAAAGCUCCCUCUAAACCUCAUGAUCACAUGGUUGUGGGAAAAGCAGAGUGCAACAAGGUGCCCUAACUCCAAAAUAACUCUCAUUUCAGUGACCCUUUAAAGCAGGAGUCCCCAAACUUUUUACACAGGGGCCAAUUCAUUGUCCCUCAGACCAUUGGAGGAUCAGACUAUUAAAAAAACUAUGAACAAAUCUGUAUACCGCUGUCUGGGAUAGCGGAGGCUGCAGCCCUGGCUGUGAUGGGCCUGUCACACCUUGUAUAGCUAAAUCCAAUCUUCACAGAACUUGAGGAAGAACACUAAAACACUUUGAGCAUAAAGAGAUAAACCAGCAGGGAAAAUAUUAAUAACAGAGGGGGGAAAUGGUCUCAAGACGAGGGAAAAGAAUACAGGCACCUGUGAAUAAAUAUUGAAGAAGAAAAAAAGGAAAAUGAAUCAGUAGCUGUUGAAGCAAAGGAACUUAUAGAUAAACAAGAGAGCAUGGAAUCACAACAGGAUGUUCCUAAAUGAUUUAAAAGAGAAAGUAGAAUAGUGAAAGCAAAAUUUAAGGCUAAAAUGCACAGUAGAAAUAAUUGGCAGAACAGAAAAAUUUGAAUCCAAGUUUGGUGGCAAACCUCUCCAGAGAAACACUAAUUGAGAGUCUAAAGUGCACAGAGAAGUAAAGGACAGUAUGGAAAAAGAGAAGCAAAAAUGCAGUAAAGUUAAAGGAAAACUUGAUCUCUAUAUAAGCAAAACAUAUUGAUCUGUAAGACAAGAUAUGUAGAGACAAUUUAGGCAUUAUGGAUCUCUCAGUAGAGCAUGGAUUAAAAAAAAAAACAAAAACCUGAACACUGUUAUGCAAGAAAUAAUAUGAGAACAUUGUCCAGAACUUCUGAACUCAGAAAACAAAAGGCCAAUUGAAAGAAUCCUCAGAUUUCCUCCAGAAAAAAAAAAAAAACUUGUGCUGCAGGCUCUAAGUCACAGUGGUUAAACUUAAUUCCAAUGAUGAAAAUUCUUCAAAACACUAAUAAAAAAAACUUCAAAUAUGAAGGAAAGGAAAUUCAAAUAUCAUAAUAUUUCCUCACCCACAAGAAGCCAUAGAAGGGAAUGAAAUAACAGAGUUUUUAAUAAGUUUAGUGUCUAAUAAUUGGAAACAAAGAAGGUAUCCUCUGAUUGGGGAAUGACUAAGAAAUUGUAAUUCACAAAUGUAAUGAAGUAAUUACUGCCCAAAAGAAACAAUGAUGAGGAAUUUAGAGACCAUUGGGAAAACAUAUGUGUUGAUGAAGAGCUAAGUAAGCAAAACCAGGAAAACCAUAUAUGCGAGUCCUACAACAAUAUAAGUGGAAAGAACAGAAGAGGGGAAAAAAGAACUAAGUGCCAAGUGAACUAAAUUUAAAUGAUCAAGCUUGACCCAGAAAAAAAGAGGAUAAAAUGCAUUGCCCUCUCUUCUUUGCAGAGCUUAGAAACAAUGGGAAUAGUGCUAUGAAUGUUACAUUUACUUGACCCUUUGAUUUUGAUGAACUGCUUUUUCUCUAUUUUUUAAUAAUUUGUUACAAAGGGUGGCACAUUAUAUAAGGGAAGUAGGGAAGAAUAUGUUUGGAAAUGAAGGUGAUAGAAAAAGAAAAGCUGUCAAAAAACUGUUAAGGAACCAUGGUAUACUGUAAAUGGUCAGGGUAAAACAAGAACACUGAAUUUUGGGAGAUCCCACCCUUUUUUAAGUUUAUUUUUUUACUUAGAACUUAAUAAAUACCAAAUAAAAUAGGCAUUUCCUUAUCUGUAGUUGAAUAAAAAAAAGGAGACUGUACUAGGAACUGCAGAUCUUGUUUAUGUACACCUUGCUUUUCUUUUUUAUAAUAAAUUCAACAUGUAGCUUCCAAAGCUGUCCUGCAUAUCAAUUAUUUUUUCUGUCUUCCUUUUCUGUGCAUUUUUUUAAAAUGCUUUAAUGAUUCUAUUUUCCCUUUAUUAUUUUUCUAAACAAUGUUCUUCUGUAUACAAUGACUACCAUAACAUAAAAAGAAAGAGCAAAAAAAACCCCCAAAACUAAAUGCUGUGUAAAUAGAAUAACUAAGCUUGAUCCAGAAGAAUAGAAUUGAGACUGUACCUCCCUUCUUUGCAGAGGUGGAGGGCUAUGAGUAUGAAGUAUCGCCUAUACUGUCCUAUUUAGUUGAAGUAUUUACUUUUACAGAAUUGCCUUUUCCCCCAUUUUAUUCUUUGAGCUAAAAAACAGUUAUAAGCAUGUAUUUUCUCUCCUUUUACUUCCUUCCAGUGGGAAAAAUAAUAAAAUGAAAAAUAAAAUCUUCAUAAUAAAUGUGCUUCAUCCAGCAAGACAAAUUCUUACAUUUGGCAAAGUUUUUCAUAUUAGGGAACUCACUCUGCAAGUAGUACAUGGUAAUAAUAGCUAGCAAGUUUGCAAAGUCCUUUACAAAGAUCUCAUUUUAUCCUCAUAACAAACCUGGAAAAUAGAUGCUAUUAUUUUUCCCAUUUUAUAGAUGAGGCACAGAGGGGUCAAAUAAUUUGUCCAGGAUCACAUGGCUAGGGGGUAUCAGAGGAAGGAUUUGCACUUGUGUCUUCCUGACUCCAGGGUUAGGUGUACUUCAAGCUGUGUCCUUAAAUGUUGAUAUUCAAUGAUGGACUUUUUCUCUGGUUUCAGACAAGAAGUGUUUGGCAUCAUUUUUAGUUUUUAAUAAUAGAAGACUUAGUUUUCUAAUUAUUCAUUCUAAUAACAUCUGAAGUAGACUAUGAUGACUGACCUCUAUUGGGUACUUUGAUGUUUAUCAAGUACUUUAUUUAUGUUAUUUCAUUUGAUUU